UUUCACACUGGCCCUAAAGAGGAUAUAUUAGAAGUUGAAAAGGAAGGGUGAGAAGCAGGCCGAUGGCGCAAAGGUACGACGAUUUACCCCAUUACGGUGGGAUGGAUGGAGUGGGGAUUCCGAGCACCAUGUAUGGGGACCCCCAUGCCGCCAGAUCCAUGCAGCCUGUCCACCACCUGAACCAUGGUCCUCCGCUUCACUCCCAUCAAUACCCGCACACAGCUCACACCAACGCCAUGCCCCCCAGCAUGGGUUCCUCUGUCAAUGACGCUUUAAAGAGAGAUAAAGAUGCAAUUUAUGGACAUCCCCUCUUCCCACUCUUAGCACUGAUUUUUGAGAAAUGUGAACUAGCGACGUGCACGCCCCGGGAGCCCGGGGUAGCGGGAGGCGACGUUUGUUCUUCCGAAUCUUUCAACGAAGACAUAGCCGUGUUCGCCAAACAGAUACGAGCAGAAAAACCCUUAUUUUCUUCUAACCCCGAACUGGAUAACUUGAUGAUCCAAGCCAUACAAGUAUUAAGGUUUCAUCUGUUGGAAUUAGAGAAGGUACACGAAUUGUGUGACAAUUUCUGCCACCGGUACAUUAGCUGUUUGAAAGGGAAAAUGCCAAUCGAUUUGGUAAUAGACGAUAGAGAAGGCGGAUCAAAAUCAGACAGCGAAGACAUAACGAGAUCAGCAAACCUAACAGAUCAGCCUUCUUGGAAUAGAGACCAUGAUGACACAGCAUCAACACGGUCAGGAGGAACGCCAGGGCCCUCAAGUGGGGGGCACACAUCACACAGUGGGGACAACAGCAGUGAACAAGGUGACGGCUUGGACAACAGUGUAGCUUCUCCCAGCACAGGUGAUGAUGAUGAUCCAGAUAAGGACAAAAAGCGACAUAAAAAGCGCGGCAUCUUUCCCAAAGUAGCCACAAAUAUCAUGAGGGCAUGGCUGUUCCAGCAUCUAACAGUAAGUCAAGUCCAGAUCAUGUAUAAAAUGACACCUGUGUAGAAAACAUUCUAGUUACAGCAGAAAAUGCAUAUAAUACAUGUUCAAAGACUAGUCUUUGAGAUAUUUUAUC